GAAAUUUCAGUUUUAAGUUUAUUUCCGAAACAAGAUAAGAAAGUAAAUAAAUGGGUUAAUUAAGACGAGCCAGUAAAAAUGGAGGAUAUAAUUUCCAGGCUUAUGCAAAAGAUAGAUAAGUGUUUACUAGCUAAACUUGAAAGGAAUUGUGAAGAAUGUAAACAUCAUGAUGAAUAUACUUUGCGAAAAGAUAUAUUAAUUGCAGAAUUUCCAAUAGCAUUUAACCUCCUUGGAGAGGUGGACCUGAGACAUGUUCCAUCUUGCGCAGACGUCCUAUCUUCUCUGCUAAUAAUGUACGAGGAGCUACGAUUAGAUGCAGUAUGGAAUCCAGAGGUUUCUGCAGAAUACGCGAAACAACUAAAUAAUUUUCUGGAUUUGUCAUGUGACAUUACAUUUGAUAACAUGUUGAAGGUAGAGAGACCUUUCUAUGAAGCGCAGGAGGUAUUCGACUGCUGCAUGGAAAAGAUACAUCGAAGACUUACACCUGAGAACUUUAAAAGAUAUCCGGCAACUAUUGAUGUGUAUUGCAAACUCAUUCAAAAUAUAAAAGACUACAGUAUAGCAGUGAUUCCACAGAAGACAUUGCCAGCAUCCCUGCUCCUCAUUGAUGAUUACAUGACAGUUCACAAAACCAAAGGUUUGAAGAGUUGUGCUGCUAUUUUACAGAGCAUGGCAUCAAACGGGUUCCAUAAUGGCAACUACUAUGAAAUUGUGUACACAAGCCUCAAGAACUCUCUUCAGGUUCAGUAUGUCGAUGUGAACAAGCUCUCUCACAUCUGCCUAAUGGAAUUGAUAAGGCUCCUGCCUGCUCAGGAAAAGACAGUAAAGUCAGGUGACCUCUUUGUAGUCACCCUGGAGCAGUUGUACCAAGAGUCCAACUUGCUCAGAAAAGCCAACAACUUCCGGUUCAGUAGGAAGCUGAUCGAGAUCAACGGCGUGAACUGCGUGAACAGGAAGAAGGCGUUCUGCACCAUCGUGUGUGACAACCUGGACACGUGCUCCAAUGUGGAUGUGGCGCAAAUGCUGCUUAUGUCCAUUUUAGAGUGUUUCGAAGAAUGGAUAAAGCACUGCUGGUGCGUAUGGAACGUUCGUCUGCCAUCCGACCAGCACCUCCUCUCCCUCCUCCUAAAAGUCAUGUACAUCAACAUCCACGACGAGCAACUCUCCAAAAAACUACAGGAAAUAUUAGAAACCCUCAUUUGCAUUUCUACUAAGGAAGACCAGCAGCAGAUACUGGGGAGUUUGGAGGCAAGGAGGCAGUUGACGAGUCAGGACUUUUUGAGGAGACUCGAAGCGACCAGAAAUGAAGCUCGUGCUUUUGCGCACCGACCAUAACUGCCGUAAGUGAAGUGAAUCGUUGACAAAGCGCGAAUUCUGUUCCUAGCACUGACAGCGCGACCGGAUUGCGGGUUUGAAAGAUUGUGUACCUCUUCUUAAUUUCCUGCGCCAAAGAUAUGGAAGCAUGACCACAGAAUAAAUAAUAGUACUAGGUACAGAAGGUUCAUUCUCUAACGCGUCUAUGACGACAGAUAUGACCGCAAGGUGGCGCAAGCGCGAGCAGGCGUCCGUUCCGUAGCGGUGCGCGGCAAUUACUAUGGCUAGACACCAAAAUUGGUGUUGGCUGCAUGUACUUGUAGCGACGCGACGAAAUCGCGGAGUGAGCCACGCCUGGCAUUACUUACUACUUGAAAGGCAGACGUGUUAGCCCCGCAGUAGACAAAGCAAAGAAGAAUCCUACAGUCGCUACGCACGCCUCAAAGUUUGUGGGAUAGAAAGUGUUAUAGUGGGUUCCCGGUUCCCUCAUAUGAUAUUCAAUGCCACAAUAUCUUUAUUAAAUGUGUAGAUCUCCAUAACUGAAGAGGAUACAUAGUAAUCUAAAUGACUCUUUAAAUGUAUUCAUAAUUAUAAUACUAAAUGUAACUUACAUACCUCAUCUGGAGUAUCUGGACGUUAGAAGAUAGCACUUAUCAUAUAAAUAAUUGAAGAUCUCAUUGUAAUCCCCUAUCUGGAUUUCCCAAAUGAAAUGAAAUGAUUUCUUAUAUUAGACAUCUAGCGUGGCUCAUGGAUAAAUACCUCUUCACCACACCAGCUGGUAAAGGCUCUAUUGAUUGUUCAAAAACUAAUAAGUAAGUUGCAUUUUAUUCACAUGUAAUCAGAUGCAAAUUUUGAGUUGUUUUCCUAUGUUAGCUGGUAGAAUUGUCUUUAAAAUUAUGAUUUUGAAUGAUAAAUAUUUAAUGACGUUCAUUUGGAUUUGAUUUUGUUUGAUAUCUUACAGUUAAUAUUUUCUUCGGGUUGGUGUGGUGAAAAAUAUUGUGUUUCACUCGGGGGCAAAUUUUGUUUAACCCUCGUGCUUUGAAACCCUCGCAACGCUCAAGAUUCCAUUUUUCGAACCUCGCUACACUUGUGUAUUUUUUGGAAUCUUUCACUUGCUUGCUCGGGUAUCAAUAUUAACAUGAGCGGUUAAAAAACAACUUUGGUCCCUUGUAAAACAAAUAACUAUAAAACAACAAACAAAACCUCGGGUAAAAGUUAAUUCGUGAAUUAAUGAAAAUAA